UCGUGUGGUCGUGUGUUAUGCUUAGAAUCUGCUUUAAUCUGUUUGUCUCUAUACAUAAACAUUUCUGUUUCUCACAAUAACUAAAUGAUUUAUGUGUAUUUUGUGUGUUCACAGGGACAGAGAUGGGGAGGUACGCUAUAGAGCCAGAGAAUUCUAGUAAAUUGUGUAAGGCCCGGGGAGAGGACCUUCGUGUCCACUUUAAGAAUACCCGGGAGGCGGCUCAGGCCAUUAAGGGCAUGCAUCUGAAGAAGGCCUUGAGGUAUCUGAACGACGUCCUUGAAAAGAAACAAAUCAUUCCAUUUAGACGAUUUAGUGGUGGCGUCGGAAGAAAAGCACAGGCAAAGAACUUCAAGACUCCUGCCCAAGGUCGCUGGCCUAAGAAGAGUUGUGACUUUCUGAUAGGGCUGCUCCGUAAUGCUGAGAGCAAUGCAGAGGUCAAGAUGCUCAACACUGACGCACUUGUCAUAGAGCACAUCCAGGUCAACAGAGCCGCCAAACUAAGGAGAAGGACGUACAGAGCACAUGGCAGAAUUAACCCCUUCAUGACGUCUCCUUGUCAUAUCGAGAUGUUUCUAAUAGAGAAGGAUGAAGCCAUCCCUAAAGGAGAGGACGAUUAAGAUACAUUCGUCUGAUGUCGAGCAAAGUGAAAGACUGGCAGAUAACUCUUUUAGUGAACACAAUAAAAAAUUGUAAAUUAUUACUUUUUUGUGUGCUGUCUCAAAUGCUCAUUGAUAUAAAUAUUUUGUCUGCC